AUGCAAUUUGCACUCAUUGCCACAGUAGCUGCAAUCUCCAAGGUCAUAGCUACACUCAGGAAUGUUGAAAUGCUGAUCACAGACUCCGUUGCCCAAAAAAAUGAGGGCAUAUCGACCAUGCUUUUUUGCAAGAUCUAUAAUCAGAUUUUUGAAAGGAAUCACCAAAGAUCCAGCUUGAUCCAGAAUCAAAGCCAAAAUAUGAUUUCAUGCAGCUUAAGUCGUAAUUUCCAUCGCUUUGUUAUAUAA